AUGCUGCAGAUUCUCCUACUCUUCGGCUGCGGUGCGGUGGGCGCAGGUAUGGGGGGGGUCGGGGCACCGCACUUCAUUCAACAACCGCAGGACCAGACGGUGGUCCUUGGGGAGGCGGUGGCGCUGCGCUGUGCUCUGGACGGCUACAGGGGCUUGGUACAGUGGACAAAGGAUGGACUGGCGCUGGGUGGCGAGAGGGACCUGCCAGGCUGGUCCCGCUACUGGAUCGCGGGGAACGGAGCGGGUGGGCGGCACGACCUACACAUCGCGGGGGUCGAGUUGGGAGACGAGGCGGAGUACGAGUGUCAAGCUACACAGGCCGCCUUGCGCUCCCGCCCCGCCCGGCUGCGCGUGCUCAUUCCCCCCGAAGCCCCCGAGGUGGUUGGGGGCCCGGCCCUGGCCCUGGUCGCUGGAGUCCGGACGAACCUGACCUGCCUCAGUCACGGCGCCAAACCGGCUCCGGAGCUGUUGUGGUUCCGGGGCGGAGUACGGAUGGAGGGCGCUUCCUACAGCAAGAUGGUGUUGGCCGACGGGGUGCGGGAGGCGGCCCAGAGCUCCCUGACAUACACGCCCUCGGCCCAGGACGACGGAGCGACGAUCAGCUGCCGGGCCCAGAGUCCCGCCCUGCCCCAGGGCCGGAGCACCAACGUGUCCGUCAGCCUGCAGUAUCCCCCCGUAGUGACUCUGUCGGUGCAGCCCCAGACGGCGCCAGCCGGCGACAGGGUCAGCUUCCUGUGCGGGGCCUCGGCCAACCCACCGGUCACCGGCUACAGGUGGGCGAAGGGUGGGGAGCUGCUCCCCGCGGCUCGGGGUCCCCUUCUGGAGGUUGUGGCUGACCCCUCCUUCCUGACGGAGCCUGUGUCCUGCGAAGUCACCAACCCCGUGGGCAGCGCUAACCUCAGCACAGUGCUGGAUGUGCAGUUCGGGCCGCUCCUCCUGACGCCCCCGGACUCAGUAGCCGUGGACGCAGGGACUGAUGCCACCUUCGCUUGCCACUGGAGGGGAAACCCGGCCCCCAGGGUGUCCUGGAUGCGCCGAGGGGAAGCUCAGGUUUUGGGCACGGGACCGAUUCUGCGGCUGCUGGAGGUGACCGCAAAAGAUGCUGGGAGCUACGUGUGCCAGGCGGAGACAGGGCCUGGAGGGAGUGGCGUGGCCCAGCGGGAAGCCCAACUGACUGUGCAUGGUCCCCCUGCGGUCAUCACCCUCUUCUCACCCCCGGUCACCCUGGGGGCCCCGGCCCGGCUUGAGUGUCUAGUGCACGGCUCCCCAACGCCUGACACAGUGGUCUGGUCCUGGGGAGAGGGGGAACUGGGCUCUGGGGCGCGAGGCCGCUACCUGGUGGAGACUGGACCAGCUCCCGAGGGGGAGGGGCAGCAGGCCCUGCUGUUGGUGCUGCGGAUUUCUGCCACGCACGAAACAGACUUCGCUCACGACUUCAACUGCACCGCUCGCAACCGCCUUGGGGAGGCUGUGGCCCAGACCACUCUGCGCCGACAGGAGGCCCUGCCUGUGCUGCUGACCGCGGCCGGAGCUGCCGCGGGCCUCACAAUCCUGCUCCUGGCCACGGUGGGCGGGACCCUCUGCUGCUGGACCCCGGGACAAGGUUCCCGCAGCCGCCUCAACAAACCAGACGUCCUAGUGCAGAUCCAGACCAGCGACAGUGGCUCCAGCGCCCCAGGCCCUGACGAGGAGGAGACCAAAGAGGCCCUGGGCCCCAGCAAUGAGUCCCCUGGGACAUCCCACACAGAGAGGAGUGAGAUCCUGGAGGAGGAGCUGGGGGCAGAGCUCAAAGACCCCACCAAUGGCUACUACAAGGUUCGCAGUGUUAGCAAGGACCUCCCGGGGCCAUUCCCUGUGGGACCCCGGGCCCUGUACCCUCCCCCGCCACCAUCCCCACUCUUUGCCCCCGGGUCCCAGCUCCACCACUCCACCCCCCGCUUUUCCCCUCCCCCAGCCCUCAUCCCACCCGAUGGUCUCUACCUCCCAGUGCCCUACAGCCAUGCCUUCACCACCUGUGCCCACCAGCCCCCUGCCCCCCGCUUUUCCUAUGCCACUCUCCCCCGCCUGGAUGGGGGCUGGGGGGGUCACCAGCGGCUGCAGACCCACGUGUGAGUUGCUCCAGGUUCCCCUCCCCCGGCCAAAUGGGAGGUGGGUCAGCCAAUGAAAGGCCAAGUGGCAUCAAGAUGGCUGACAAUGCCAGCCCCGGGCUCCCACCCCUUCCUUCCUAUGCCACCCUUCCUCCCUCUUGGCAGGCAUGAGAGUGGGCUGGGCCACUAGCUGGCGAGGCCAGUUUGCAGAAGUGCUGGGUAUGGGGCAGGCCUAGGCACAGCACCUGGUGACAGCCCAUCGGUCUGCAGACAGGUGUGGGAUGCCAAGGAGGGGGGUCAUCCCGCCUUGGGGAUG